AUGUCGACCCAAGCUCCAAGCUAUGACCCGAGCUAUCGUCAUCUGUGUAUCAAGCUCGACAAGCUUGCACCGCGCUUCAUGCUUCCCUCGCAAGCUAUCAAGGUGCUCUACACACCCGCUGAAUUUUAUGAAACAUUGAAAAGCAAGAUACGUAAAGCUAGACGGCAUGUGUUCUUGUCUACGCUGUAUAUUGGCCCUUCCGAGCAUGAAUUGAUUGAUGUGCUCCACGACGCACUCGCAGAGAACCGGACUCUCCGUGUAUCGAUCCUCACAGAUGCUCUCAGAGGAACAAGAGAGGCACCCAGACCCUGUACUGCAUCUCUCCUGGCUCCCCUCGUCAAAGAAUUCGGUGAUCGAGUCGAGCUUCGCAUGUAUCAUACGCCCAACCUAGCCAAGUUGCGCAAAUCACUCAUUCCCCGGCGCUUCGACGAAGGCUGGGGCUUACAACAUAUGAAGCUUUAUGGCAUGGAUGACGAACUCAUCUUGUCUGGUGCGAACUUGUCGAAUGACUAUUUCAUAAAUCGACAAGAUCGUUACCACCUCUUUUCGUCUGCGCCACUCACAGGAUUCUACAAAGCUGUACACGAUGCCAUCUGUUCCGUAACUUUUGCGGUCCAUCCGGCAGAUAAUGCAAGCGGAUUUACGUUGGACUGGACAUCUUCAGAGUGCCCUAAUCCUAUCGAGUACCCUAAACGCUACAAGGCAUUCACCACGAAGCUGAUCCAGCAACUGUCUGCCCCAGCGCCCAUGGAACAUUGCGAGUUUACAGAAAAGGUACCUCAGCCAACAGUCGUCUACCCACUCUUACAAAUGACGCCACUCCUUUCACCUGGUGCAACAACAAACACGGAACAACCUACCGUCAAUCUCGUCCUCGACUUGCUCGCGGGUCUGCCGAAUGCAGCAUGGCAUUUUACAGCCGGCUACUUCAACGUCUUUGACGAGUACCGACAACGACUCUUCACAGCACUUGGUCGGGGCACCAUUAUUACUGCAUCUCCGCAAGCGAAUGGAUUUUAUGGUAGUCGUGGGCCAUCGGGGAUGUUGCCAGCCGGCUAUACGCUCCUUGCCAAACGCUUCUUGAAAGAGCUCGAGAAGCUGCCACCAAGGAACAGAGGGUCAAUGACGCUCAAGGAAUGGACGCGAGGCAACUACGGUACACCUGAUCGUUGGACCUAUCAUGCAAAAGGCCUCUGGAUACAGCCAGAUACGACCGAGUCACACGCCGGUCCGUCGCUGACGUUUGUCGGUAGUUCAAACUUCACGCGGCGAUCUCAGAAUCUUGAUUUGGAGGCGACGGCGUUGAUUAUUACGGCGGAUGCAGAAUUACAGGCUGCAUUGAAGCAGGAAGUAGCGCACCUGGAGAAGUACGCGAGUUCCGUUGAUAAGGCAGCAUUGGAGACGCCUGAACGGAGAGCAGACCUCAAGACGCGAAUAUCACUUUGGCUAUGCCAGAGUAUGUUGUAG